AUGGGGUUCGGGACACGCUACCCUAAAUUGCGGCACCUUGGCCCACUGAAGAGCAAGCGGAAGGAGUUUGGGGAACCGGCGGAACUGGGGCGGUCACUCCCGAUCUUUACGCCGAACCCCGAACCGUUCCCCACCCUCGGGCCUGGACGUGGGCUGGCCGCUGCCGGACGGCGGGGCGCGUCUGGACGUGUGUGUCCCCUCAGGGAGCAAGCCCUGCUGAAGGCGCGCGUCGUGGACCGGGACACGGAGGCGUGGCAGCGGGACCCCGUCUUCUCGGGCCUGCGGAGGGUCGGAGGUUUGGAUGUGUCCUUUGUGAAGGGCGACAGCGUCAGCGCCUGCGCCUCCCUCGUGGUGCUCAGCUACCCUGAGCUCGAGGUGCUGUAUGAGGACUGCCGCAUGGUCAGCCUGACGGCCCCCUACGUGCCCGGCUUCCUGGCCUUCCGAGAGGGACCCUUCCUGGUGGACGCAGUGCGGCGGCUGCAGGAGAAGGAGCCCCACCUGAGUCCCCAGGUUCUUCUCGUUGAUGGGAAUGGGGUGCUCCACCCCCGAGGCUUCGGGGUGGCCUGCCACCUCGGUGUCCACACAGACCUGCCCAGCAUCGGGGUGGCCAAGAAACUCCUGCAGGUGGACGGGCUGGAGAACAAUGCCCUACACAGAGAGAAGAUACGCCUGCUGCAGGCUGGAGGAGACACGUUCCCUCUGACGGGAGGCUCCGGGGCCGUCCUGGGCAUGGCGCUGAGAAGCCACGACCACAGCACCAAGCCCCUCUACGUCUCGGUGGGCCACAAGAUGAGCCUGGAGGCCGCCGUGCGUCUCAUCCGCAGCUGCUGCAGGUUUCGGAUCCCGGAGCCCGUGCGCCAGGCCGACAUCCGCUCCCGAGACUAUAUCCGCAGGACCCUGGGAGGCCCCGGCCCCCCCGCACAGGGGCAGGAGAGGAGCCAGAAAGCACAGAGGCCAAAGACAUACCCCCAGGGAGGCUCAGAAGAGCCCACCCACAGCCGCGGCCCCAGGACACAUCCGGAAGCCUCACCUAGGCGCCCAGGAGCAGUAGGACAAGGGCCAGGGCUGGAGCUGGAAACCCUGAAGACUGGCCACCUGCCACCUGCUCCAGCCUCAGAACCCCAGGGUCUGCUCUAUAGGUAUCGGGGCAACCAUCCCUGAACAGCACCCCCAGGCUCCAAGGACACAGCGGGCACAGUUCCGAUGGACCGUGUGGCUGCCCCUCCUCCAUGAUCACGGUCAAGAGGCCUGGAGCAGCCUCAGCAUAAGACGGACCUCGUGCCAAGGAGCGCCAGGCCCAGAACAGUGUGGUGGGAAUUGCGGGCUCGUGGGGGCUGGGUGUUUUCGUUUCUUCUGAAGGUGCACUGGUGGCUAGCAGCAGGCAGGCCGUGCAUAUGUCCACAGCUGUUGCUCCGUCUUCUUUAGGUACAUGUGCCGCUGAUGGGGAUUUUGCUUUCCGUUCAUUUUUAAACCAGCCUCCUCCCCGCAGCCUCACUGAGCUGCUUACACCCAGACCCAGGAGUGUCCGAGCUGGCGUUGGCCACUGUUAGGCUGGGUCCCUGGCUGCCCAGCCCGCCUUCCAGGCUGUUGCUGCUGGCGCAGCUGGGCCGGAGUGAGGGAAGACAUCUCAGCCCGGAGAGGGCCUGAGGGUAGGGGACACGCAGGGCAGUCCUCACAGGGUCAAAGGCCCAGAGCUCCACCUCCUGUCCUGCCAAAACAGCACCCCCCGCUGCCCGCCUCCUUACCCAGAGGCCUGCUGUGCAAAAAGUUCUGUGUCCCUGUCCUGGCCACUUCUCAGCUUGGGCUCCACCCACAGCCCCAGCCCUCGCCCUCCAGCCCCCCAUGCUCACUAAGGAGCCUGGAAUCUGCUGAAAGGAGGCCUUGUCCUUCACCCUGCCUCCCAAGAACGGGCUGGGCAUGGGCUGGACAGCCUGGGACGGAAGCCCGGGAGGCCGGCGCAUCUGCCCCUCCUGUGUCUUCGUGAUGAGAAGGGGGCUCUCCAGGGCCCGGACCCUGGGAGGAGCAGAGGGGACAGUGAGCAAGGCAGACUUGUUUGGGCCAGUGGUGCUGUCCCCCUUCCCCUCGAGCCCCUGCAGCCCCUCUGUGAGGCAGGGCUGGGCUGCCUCACUCCAUGCAGCAGCCCCUAUUCAAGGCAUGCCAGUUGAUGCCAGGUGCAGAGGGCCUGCUGGGCCACCAGGUGCUUACAGGGCUCCACUCAGUGGCCCGCUGUGGGGAGCAGGUUCCGCCGUGUUCCACGGUGCCUGCGAGGGGACUCCCGUAGGCCAGAAUGACCGGCUUCCGACCUCCCACCCUGCUCGCACUGCCUCCCCAGAUGUCCCCUGACCCCUCUUUCUCACUCUCCCAGUCUUGGGGCUGAGCCCCCAGCUCAUCACAGUGGGGCUGCAGGGGGUGCCGCAGGGCCCCCUGCCCGGAGCCCCUUGGGUGCACAAGAUGGAGCUAUCUCUACCUGCUGUCUCCUGCUGCCUGGCCUUGGCAAAGCCAAGGUGACACCUGUCCUGCCUUAUCACACAGCUGUGCCCUGUGUGGAGCAGGCAGGGCACAGAGCCUGGCACGCACUUCUCGAUAAGGGGAGUGACAGCAUUCGGAGAAGUGGAGCCCACAGAGGCCAGGGCUGCUGGCCAUCCGUCUACGAGGCCGUGCCUACUCCAUCAAUGAGAAGGAGGGAACCAGAAGGUAAAGGGGUCCUCAUCUACCAGGUCCCCCCAGCCUCCAGAAUGCAGGCCUGCAAGGGCUGGACCACCUCACAGCCACCCCCCCUGGGCCUGCAGCAGUGCCCCGCCAGGACCCACCUCUGAUGGAUGUUUGGAGGUGGCCAUGGCUGCCUACGGGGGCAGGAGCUGGCUUCUGCUAAAAGCCACUGGUUCCUCAGUGACCACGGGGGUCAGGCGGGCCCCCCGGGCUACAGGCAUGACCAUGCAGAGUACAUGAUCUCUUCUGCGGGGUCUGCCAUCCCCUUGGACCCCUCCCCAGCAAGGAGCAGGCCAGAGCCUGGAGAUGAGUUUGCAGACGACUUGCCUGGGUAAUUUUUGUUCAGAGAUUAAAAUUACAUAACAAAAGUCACCAUUUUAAACAGUUUUUAAGUGUGCGAUUAAGUGGUUUUUAGUAUAUCCAAAAUCUUGUGCAGCCAUCACUACUAUCUAGUUCCAGAACUUUGCUCUGCCUCAGGUAAUGAAAGCAAGUCCCCAUCAGCAGUUGCUCUCCAGCCCCCCACCCCCAGAACCUGGCCUCCACUAAUCGGCUUUCCGUCUCUGGACUUGCCUGUUCUGGUUACCUCAUAGGACCCGAGUCCCACAGCGUGUGACCUUCCUGCCUGGCCGCCCUCCUCAGCACGAUGGUUUCAAGGUUCGCUCGUGUCGGUACUUUUUGCGGCCGAAUGGUGGUUCACUGUACGGGGAGACCACGUGUUUAUCCAUUCAUCAUGUGGAUGGACAUUUGGGUGGUUUCUCUUUGGGGCUAUUAUUCAUAAUUCCGCUACGAACAUUGAUGUACAAGUUUGUGAGUUUAUGUUUCUACCUCUCCUGGGUGUCCGCCUAGGAGCAGACUUUCUGGGUCACGUGGCGACUAACUUGCUGGCGAGUAGCCAUGCCAUUCUGCACGGCGGCCCCACCGGCAACGCAACGUCGCUGUUUCUCCACGUCCUCACCCACUUUGUUAUCGUCUGUCUGAUUCCAGCCGACCCAGUGCUGGUGCCAGGGUAUCUCAUUCUGGUUUGGUUCGCACUUCCCUGAUACCCAGUGAUGCUGAGCAUCUUUGCACGUGCUUAUUGGCCAUUUGUUCGUCUUGGGAGAAGUGUCUGCUCAAAUUUUUUGUCCUUUUAAAAAGGGUAUUGUUUAUCCUUGGAUUAUUUGUUGUUGUCGAGCUGUGAGAGCUCUUUACAUGUUCUGGACAUGAGACCAUUUUCAAAAAUCAGUUGUAUUUCAUAAUUUAUAAAUAAAUUCUCUGGAUUGUCUUUCCAUUUUCUUGAUAAUGUCCUUUGAUGCAUUAAAGUUUUUCAAUCCAAUGAAGUCCAGUUUAUCUACUUCUCAUUGGUUGCUUGUGCUUUUGGUGUCAUUGAAAAAACCAUUGCUUAAUCCAAGGUCGCCAAGUUCUCCUGUUUCCUUCUAAGGGUUUUAGAGUGUCAGCUCUUACGCUUAGAUCUUUGACCCGUUUUCAGUUCAUUUUUGUAGGUAGCUUUUUGGGAUCUUUUGCAGUUCUCUGUGAAUAUUAGAACCAGCUGAUCCAUGUCUGCAAAAAAAGGCAGUUGGAAGUUUGGUGUGGAUUGCACCAAUCAAUGUGGGGGAGCAUUGCCAUCUUAAUUUUAAGUCAGUCACUGAACAUGAGGUGUCUUUUUGUUUAUUUAGAUCUUCAUUUCAUUCAACGACGUUUUGUAGUUUUCAAUAGACAAGUCUUGCAUUUCCUUCGGUUAAGUUUAUCUCUGUUUUAUUUUAGAUGCUAUUGUGAAUGGAAUUGUUUUAAUUUCAUUUUUGGAUUGUUCAUUGCCAGUGUAUUGAAAUACAACCGACUUUUGUAUCUUG